AUGUCCAAAUGGAUGAUGAUCAUUUUAAUCAGGAAUAGAGAAUUCAGCAAAGAUAUGAAUGGAUUGGUGUUAUUUUGCAUCUCUGUUUUCGUUUUCAUAACCUGUAACUGUGAUGAGGAAGAAACUUUAGAAGGAGCUAAUACAUGCAUCAUUGAGGAAAAAUAUUUCGUAAGUAAAAAAGUAGUGGAACUAUGGCCCAUGAGAACGAAGAGUCAUGUGUUUUGUUGGAAAGUGCCACCGAGGUGUACUAAAUAUUAUAUCAAGAUGGUUCCCUUUGAAGUUGAAAAGAAAUUCCCUGAGUUUAGAAACGUCAAUGGAUGCUGUGAUGGAUACAAGAAAGUUGGUGAUAAAUGUGAGCCCGAAUGUUUGAAACGAUGCGUAAACGGAAAAUGCACUGGUCCAGGAGAAUGCAAAUGCAACCUGGGCUACUCAGGAACGAGCUGUGAUGAAGUCUGCGCUGUUGGAAAAUGGGGUAUAGAUUGCAAAGAAGAUUGCGAAUGCAAUAAUGCUGCUUGUGACCCUAUUUCUGGAGUGUGCAAAUGCCCUCCUGGUCGGAUUGGAAAAAACUGUGAAAUAAAAUGUCCUCGUGGAAAAUAUGGAGAAGGGUGUUUAAACGAUUGCUUAUGCAAAAAUGAGGCUAGAUGUCACCCCGAGUCAGGACAAUGUAUAUGUCGAGCUGGUUACACAGGAACAAUAUGUGAUACACCCUGCCAAUUUGGUCACUACGGUGAACAAUGUGCCUUGGAAUGCCACUGUUCAAAUGGCCUCGGCUGCGAUCCUGUUUCUGGAGCAUGCGCCUGCCCUCCAGGAUUUACGGGAUUGUAUUGUGAGAAACGGUGUGAACCAGGAAGGUAUGGAGAGCAUUGCAAAAAGUUCUGCAACUGUCAUAACAAUGCAACAUGUAACAAUGUUAAUGGAUUAUGUAUCUGCCCUUCAGGUUACAUAGGAGAAAAGUGCGAGCAGAUAUGCCCUGGUUGGAGUUAUGGUGAUAACUGCUUGCAGACAUGUGAUUGUAACGGAUCAUAUUGUAACCAUAUCACUGGUAAGUGUAACUGUCCAAAAUAUUGGAUUGGAGAAAAGUGUGACCAAAAGGUGUGUCCAGAUGGAUAUUACGGUCCUGACUGCAAUCAACUGUGUCAUUGUGAACAAACCAAUCAUGAAGCAAACAAGGAAACAUCUGUAGCUGUUGCAAGUUCUUUUUGCCACAAACAUAAACAUAAGCAGACUAGAUCAGUCGAAAUCAAAAUUUUGACAAAAGAGGAAAGAUUAAUUUUCCAGUAUGUCAAGGAUGGAGAUUACAAAACAUUGGCUAAUAAAUGUGCUCAAGGUGUAAACAUGAACAUUGCAGACAUCAAUGAUAAUUAUCAAACACCUCUGCAUCUUGCAGCAAAAAAGGGUUGUGUGUUUACUCUGCUAACGUUGUUGGGAUGUGGAGUCAACAUUAACGCUGAAGAUAGUGAUGGUAACACUCCUUUACACAUUGCUGUCGCCGAUAAUCAGUCUCAUAUCUGUACUUCUCUGUUGUACAACGAAGCCAAUCCCUUCAUCUACAACAAGAGCAUGAAAAAUGCUUAUCAGUUAGCCAUGGAUUCUGAAGAUAAUGGGAUUAAAUACAUUUUUCAGACAAAUCGUUUACAAUGGUAUCAGAAAAUUAGAAAAUUAAAGAAAGAUGAAAAAAAAUUGUUUCUUUAUGUACGCAAAGGCUACUACGGAAGUGUUGGUGAUCUAUGUAUGAAGGGUGUCAAUGUAUUAGUUGCAAAUGUGGAAGAUAAGGAAAAUACAGCAUUUCAUUUUGCAGCUCUUUACGCACAAAAUAUUGUUCCUAUGGUUUUCACACUUUUAAACUGUGGUGGUGAUAUCAAUGCAAGAAAUGUUGAAGGCAACACUCCGCUUCACUUUGCCGUGAUGGUAGGCCACGUUGAUGCAACCAGCAUUCUCCUCCAAUACGGGGCAAACCCAUUUAUUGAAAAUAAUGAUGGUAUGACGGCUCACAAUUUGGCCUUAGAAUCCAGUGAUCCAAGUCUGCGAGCUAUAUUCAAUGAACCAUUACUAAGUUGGUACCUCAACUAA